UUAUCCUCAAAGAGAAAAGAGUUUUUUUUACAAGUGUACCUUAUAAGGCUAAAAGAGUUAAGAAAAAAAGAGAAACUCAGGGGGUCUAUGCGCAAUAACAGAACUACUAGUUGAUAUGUUCGGCAAUUAUGGUCCAUAACUGACCACGUACCAACUGACAUGAUGGGUGAAGGAGACAUAUUUUAACAUUAAAACUUGCAACUGACCCCCCUUACUUUAAUAUGUGACAAACUUUGAACAAAACAUGGGUGAUUUGCGAGCACCUUCGCUUCCACCAAUAACCACGGGUGCACGUGCUCCCUUCAAGUAACCAAAUCGCAAGCUUCUUCUUCUCUCCAUGCUCCUGCGGUUAUUCUUUUUUCAUGGCCCCUGGAAUUUCUCCCAUUCAACCAUUGGUUGAUGUAAGAAAGAGAAAGGAAAAAAACUAUGGUGGGAUUUAGGACAACAACAUUGCCACGUGGGUUUUCUCCAUUGGGUAACUUCCUCCGACCUCUCCCCUUCCCCUGAAAAAAAGCAAAUAAAAAUGCCUCAAACCCCUCCUCCUUAAAUACUCUAUCUCUCCAUUGGAUAAGAAUUCUUUUAGUAGUCCUCCAUUCUUCUUUCUUUGAGGGGGAGAGGUUAGAGUGUUUUGUGUUGUGGAUUUGGUAGUUUGCAGGUGAAGUUUUGGGUGUUUGAUUGCACCUAAUUACUUCAUCUCUCUCUGCCAGAUCUCAAUCUGCAUUUCUUUCUAAUCCCUCUCUGUUUUUCUCCUAAAAUUUGGGUUUUUGUUGCACCCAAUUCGCCAAAAAACCAUUUAAUUUAUAGGAUUUUGAGAUUUUGUGAGCUGGGUCUAUGCUUGUUUUGUGCUUUUGUUGCGCCCAGUUACUCUUCAGAGAGAACUAAUUUGAUUUGAGGAGAGAAACCCACUGUUCUCUCUCAAAGCAACAGGUGUUGGUCUUAUCCAUUAUAGACCACUUCGGUGCUGGGAGAUUUUGUGGGUUUGUUUAUUGCUUUGUCAACAGAUUGCUCCUCCUUCAAUCCGAAGAAUCUGGCUUUGAAGCCCUCAGUGGGUUUCAUAGCGUCAGCAAAACCCAUUUAAGCAUUUAAAGAUUGAGGGUUCAGUCUAUAUUUGAUUCGAAUUUUUUACCCCUCUCUGAAUUCUUUAAUUCCUGUUGUCACUUUUCCAUCAACAAUUGGGUCAUUAUUUUGAUAUAUUUAUGCGGAGCUUCAAUUGGUCCCUCUAAACAAUAAUCCCUCCUUUGUUUUCUCUUAUCUGAUGCUUUUCUUCCUUAUAUCCAUCAUCCCUUUGUUCCUUCUAAUCUCCAAGUCUCUCCCUUUGAAGGCUCUCCCUUUAUGGGCAAGUGAGGUUAGAUUACUCUCAAUCUUGUUCUGGCAAGAAUUCUUGUACUUUUUGGUGUAUUCAGUGAAGAAUACUAGGCUUAUUUCUUCCUGGGUCAUUGAGAUUUCGAUCAAAAUGAGUUCCAAGAGGAAGUGUGCUUCUAGAGUCCAGAAUGUGGAGGAAUCAAUGGAGAUGUCUGUACUAGAUUUGCCCGAUUUGGCCUUGGAGUGUAUUUUAGGAAAGCUUUCUCCUUCGGGGUUAUGCAACAUGGCUUGUGUUUGUAGCUCUUUGAGGGAUUUGUGUAGGGAUGAUUACUUAUGGGGGAGGCAUAUGAGGGAGAAAUGGGGGAGGGUUAUAGGCCAAAGUGUGAAAAGGGAGUGGGAAUGGUUCUUGGCUUCGAGGAAAGAAUCCUCGGGUGCUUGUGUCGAGAGGCAGAGCGCUAAGAAGCCCAAGAGGUGGAUUCGAUCUCUAUCGCAUGUUUGGCCUCUUUCUUGGAUUAAGAUGAGACUUGUUGAAGGUGGCAAUAGAGUUCGAAGCCCUUUGCCUAAUAACUCCAUCAUGUCUUGGUAUCUGUCCCUUGAGAGUGGCAAAUUUUGGUUCCCUGCUCAGGUUUACAAUCGUGAGCAUGGUCAUGUGGGAUUCAUGUUAUCUUGUUAUGAUGCUGAACUUAGUUAUGAUUGCCGCACUGAUACCUUUCAAGCAAGGUACCCGCCUCAUGGGCGAAGAACAGUAGUGAUUGAAGAUGGAGUUCAAUGGGACAGGAUAAGAGCCCCCCCAGUCGAUACCCCCGCUCAUGAUCUUCAUAUCUCUGAUUGUUUGCACGAUCUACGCCCUGGAAAUCAUAUUGAGAUUCAGUGGAGAAGGAACAAAGAAUUCCCAUAUGGUUGGUGGUACGGAAUUGUAGGACACAUGGAACCAUGUGACGGGAGUGAACAUUUCUGCCAUUGUCAUUUAAAUGAUACCAUUGCAUUAGAAUUUAAUCAAUACACACCCGGUUCAAGAUGGAGGCGAACAUUGAUAAAUCGCCAGGAUCAUAGAGAAGAAGGGAACGAAUCAGAUGGAUUCUAUGGAGGAAUCAGAAAACUCUAUACCAAGGAUGAGAUCUCUACGUGGAAGAAGCUUUGGCCAGUUGAGGUUUUGGAGUGAAGCAAUUCUCCAAGUGCAUUUUUGGUGAAGUUUCAAGGUCUUCUUGGCUUUUUAGCAUCAUUCAAUUCUACCCAAUGUGAUUUACUACUUCCGGUUCUAUCAGUUGUGGAUUAGAAAUUUGGAGGAGAAAUUAUGGUACUCAAAGAUCCUACCAGAAUCCAAUGUUGUAGUUUUAGAAUAAGGCAUUUAAUUGUAAAUUAAAGUAUAUAUAUGUUACUCCACUAUUUUUAUAUAAAAAUUUGUCAUUACACA